UCCACAGAGACGCCGGGUUCCCAAAGACUAGAAGCUACCGGCUGGCGCCAUGGAGUACACAGGGAGCCAAUAUAUUGGGGAAUAUAUAGAUGGGAGUCCCAGCACAGUGCCCAGCUCCAAGCUUUGGACCCAGAGGAUUCUGAUACCAUUUGUGGAAAUGGAGAACUCCAAAGAGGGACUGCUUUGGAGUAGGAUAGUAUACAUUUGGAUGGAGGGCAAAGCUGAAUACAUCCUCCCUAAUAAAACAAAGUACAUUGGGGAAAUGAAGGACGGCACGUUUCAUGGCCCAGGAACCCUGUACUUCCCCAGCGGGAGCCGAUAUGAUGCCGUUUGGAAAAAUGGUUUGGUUGUAAAGGGCACCUACACCUUCUCAGAUGGGCUGCAGUACAAGGAGAAGAACUGGCAUUACUGCGACAGCUACGAUCGGAGGUUUUACACAGAGAUCUGCUACGGCUUGAAGCCUGCAGGUAUCUCUCAGCUCACCAAUAUAGACCCACCGAGAAAAGUCCCUAAAAGCCAUUAUGAUUGUGGAGACGGCUUCUAUAACCCACUCACGAGGGUAAUCACGGACUACAGGAAUCGCUUUCUGAGAAAUGCAGACGACGAUGAGCAUGAGUGGAUCAUCCGGACGUGUCGGAAAGGCUGGGAUGAGAUUGUAGGUCACAGACCCAAGCUGUGAACCCUGGAGUUGCAUCCACCAGAGGUAUCCUGCAUCACUGGCACUCAC